UAAAAGCGGUGUCAUGUCUUCUACUAACGUGUUUUUCACUCCGUUUCUUUUGCUUUUCUGUGUUGUUUUAUUCCCCAUUACUGAUGCAGAGGAAUGCGAAGUGUGUGUAAAUGUCCUGGAGCGCCUUUACACCUCACUAGUUAUGAGGCACACAGAGCUCUCCCCAGAGCUGGUGGAGGAGGGUCUCAUCAGAACGUGUGCUGAGGCUACAGGAAAAGAGAACAGAUUAUGUUAUUACCUCGGCGCCUCGAGUGAUGCAGCAGCCAAAGUGACAGGUGAGGUGAGCCGCCCCCUCAGUGCUCACGUUCCUGUCCACAAAAUCUGCCAGAGACUUCAACGCAGAGACGGCCAGAUCUGUGAGCUUAGAUACGAACGUCCGGUGCUGGACUGGAGCAGGGAUGCUUUGUCUAAAAUGCGAGUUCUGGAGCUGAAAAGAGUCUUGGCCUCAUGGGGAGAGGAAUGCAGAGCCUGUCUGGAGAAGAGUGAAUUUAUAGAUCUCAUCCAGGAGGUGGCCCUCAAACAUAGCGCAGCGCAGCACAGAACGCAUGCAGAGGAGUUCUGAGGGCCUCCUGGUGCAGCAGCACGCUGAGGACACACAGCUCUGAUGAGAGGGCCUCCUGGUGCAGCUCCAUGCUGGAGCCUGCUUCUUGUGCAGCUGCCCUCAGGGACACUGUUGAUAUUGCACUGAGGUUCCUUUUAAUCCUGUUCAUAAUAUUAGUUACGAUUGGCUAUUGUGCAGUAUGUGCACACUUCCCCAUGCAGCGUCUCAUUGUUCUGUACUGAUGUAAGCAUUUUUACUUAUUAGUUCCAAUUAAUUGUUGCUCACAGAGAUGGUUCACAUAUACAGCUAUUUGAUUUGAAAGGUGAUGAGAGCUUGGGUUAAGCUUUAAAGGGAUAGUUCACCCCCAAAAAUGAAAAUCCUGGCAUAACUGAUCAGCGGCGGCACCCAUUCACUUCUAUUGUAUGACAGCAAACCAAUGCAAGUCAAUGGAUUCUGUCCCUGCUCGUUUAACAACAUUCUUCAAAAUAUCUUCUGUUGUGUUCUACGGUGAGUAAAUGAUGACAGAAUUUUGGGGUGAAUUGUCAAUUUAAAACCACAACUACAUGCCUAUUCGUACUGGAACCUAUUUCACCCCAAAAUCCAAAGAAAGAAUGGAGAAAUCAUCCUUUGCUUGAAGAAAUUAAAGCCUAUUUUAAGACCACAUCAUUUGCAUCUCAAGCCCAUUUCCAAAAAAAGAAAAACCUCGGUUGCAACGCUGUAAUGAAAAAUAAAUAAAUAAAAAUAGGCUUCAUUUUUAAGCACAAAUUUUCCCACCCGUGUAUGUGUCACAUUCUAUUUCGGUGCUAAAACCUGCCCGUCCGUGACUACGUGUUAACAUGAAGACGCAUACGUGUGUGCGAGGGCGCGUACGGACGUAUGACAUAAUUGCGUGUCACUACCCUGACCUCUCGUAAGGACGGCAUU